UCAUGGUCUGUGCACUUUGUCUGCAACCGUCAAAGGUUUCGCUAACGUUAACAUUUCCUGUCGAGAAGAUUAAAAUGUUUCUGCUUCUGAGUUUUACCUGGAUUAUUGCAGGGAUUACAGCGGAGAUCCGGCCAGCGAUGCACUACCGCGUGAAAAACAGCUCAAUAUGUCUACACAUAAAAUCAUCAGGAUAUCAAAAAGAGGAGUGGCUUUUUGAAAAGGAGCUUAUUGUUUUAAGUAAAAACAUCACCCCCAUGUACAAGGACAAAGUGUAUUAUAAUCCAACAAACUCCUCCUUGUGUAUCACCAAGCUCAAUGAGACAGACAGCGGCACCUAUACCUUUUCUUUCAUUAAUUCAGUUUUGAAUAGAAAAACUGAGACCCACAAACUGAUUGUUGAAGAAACUGUUCCCAGGCCUUUCAUUAGGAGUUCCCCGCUGCACUUUAACCUGUCUGCUGACUCCUGCAACAUCACAGUCAACUGCUCCGUCCAGGGUGACUGGGUAUGUUCUGUGUGUGACGACAACAGUUGUAUAACAUCUCAGAGAGCAUUAUUCAGCAAGGUCAACAUCACCAUCUUCCUCCACAACAGAGUUAUUGUAUGCAGUGUCAACAACAACGUCAGCAAGAGCAAUGUUUCUGAAAGCAUGGAGGGAAUGUGCUUUGGAAAAUCUAAUCCUGAACCUGAAGUGACAUCAAAACUACACAUUGUAAUACUUAUAUGUAUUGCAUUGUGUGUAUCCCUCUGUGCCUUUGCUGUCUGUGUGGCUAAAAGGCUCUUUCAAACAGAAUGUAUUCAAAAACAGACAUCUCCUGCUCGGAUAAUACAAAGCCAGCCAUCGGAGGAACAGCCAAACUCUGUGCAGAGAGUCUCUUCCUCUACUUCCAGUCAAGCCUGUUAUGAAAACGUGGAUGAUGCAUUGCCCUGUCAGACGAGCAGCCCAAACAUCAGCCCAAGAGAGGAGCUGGGAUCUAAGCGGGAAGUGGAUACAGUCUACAGUGUUUUAGAGAGACACAAUACAACAUCCCAUCAAGGCAAAAGCAUUGAAGAAACUAUAGGACAUCAGGCAAAACAUGAGGCAACAACUUCACAGGAGCAACCUUCGCAAGUCGACACGGUGUACAGUUUGUUGCAGAAGAAAACAAAUGUGAAGUCAUAGCACCACCAAUAGGUCAGACAAGAUUUUCAGAAUACCUAAAAACUGGAGGAUAGAUCUUUUGUACAGUGUGUUUGAUUCCUUUCAGAGCAUUAUGUUAAGCCUUUUGUUUUUGUUUUUAAUAAAAAAAGCUACCUUAAAUUA